UUCUUCUAUACUUUUUAAAGCUAACCAAAGAAGCUUUUGGAACCUUUUCUUGAAGGAGGAACCCGAUAUCAUCGAACCAAGGUAGGGAAAGAAGACUUACAUAUCAUGGUUGUAAGAAAGGGGGAGCGAAACGGAAAUAGAGAUGGAAGCGAGGUGGUGAUGUGGCAAACUGGCAUCUCCAAACUCACUUUUACCCAACACAACACAAAUUCCAUUCCCAAUUCCCAAUUCUCAAUUCUCAUCCUCACUCCUCUCUCUGUCGCCGCCGGUAACCUCUUCAGUUUUCAGAACGGCUGAACUUUCUUGUUUGUGGACAAGCUUUAAUGUACUACAGAAGCAGCAAUAUUGUGACUAGGAUUUUUGAUCGUCAAAUUUGCACUCCUGCUCCUGGCACUAGUGUUCAUCAUGCUCGGCGAUUCUAUGAAAAUUUAGUUCCAAGUUACACAGUAUAUGAGGUUGAAUGCCCAGACCAUUCAUUUCGUAAAUUCACUGAUGAUGGUCAAUACCUUAUAAGUUUCAGCAGAAAUCAUCAGGAGUUGAUUGUUUAUAGGCCUAGGUGGCUUUCUUUUUCAUGCAAAGAUGAAGAUUGUGAUAAACAUGAUUUGCCAUCACGAGCAAAGAGAUUUGAAAGUUUUUUCACCCAAUUAUAUUGUGUACCACUUGCUUCUUGCAAUGAACUUAUAUGUAAAGAUUUUUUCCUUUACAUGGAGAGUAAUCAAUUUGGACUGUUUGCUACUUCGACUGCCCAAAUUCAUGAUGCACCUGCUGUUGGAGGAGCUGUCCACGGUGUUCCUUCAAUAGAGAAGAUAACUUUCCACCUCUUGAGACUGGAAGAUGGAGAGAUCUUGGACAAGAAGGUCUUCUGUAAUGACUUUGUUAAUUUAACCCAUAAUAUGGGGGUCUUCUUGUAUGAUGACUUAUUGGCAAUUGUAUCACUUCGGUAUCAAACUAUACAUAUUCUUCAAAUUAGAGACUUUGGUAACCUUGUUGAUGUACGUGCUAUUGGGGAAUUCUGCCGUGAGGAUGAUGAGCUUUUUCUCAAUUCAAAUGCUCAGGGCAUGGCAUUGCCUGGGAAUCACAAUGAAAAUCACGUGCAUCAAGGCCAGCCUAAUAUGGGGAAUUGUUUUCUAAGUGGUAUAAAGCAGCGAUUACUUUCAUUCAUAUUCCAAGGACUAUGGAAUGAAGAAAUAGAUGAUACAUUGAGGGUCCAAGGGCUUAGGAAGAAGUUUUAUUUCCACUUUCAAGAUUAUGUUGAUUUAAUUAUCUGGAAGGUGCAAUUCUUGGACCGACAUCAUUUGCUAAUCAAGUUUGGUAGUGUAGAUGGAGGGGUGUCACGAAAUGCUGAUCAUCAUCCAGCAUUUGUUGCUGUAUAUAACAUGGAUACAACUGAAAUCAUAUCUUUUUAUCAGAAUUCAGCAGAUGAACUUUAUCUGUUGUUUGAGCAGUUCUGUGACCAUUUCCAUGCGACAUCAAGGAAUUCAAUGUAUAUGAACUUCAUAUCAUCUCAUUCAAAUAAUAUCCAUGCGCUGGAACAGCUACGGAGCAUAAAAGAUAAGGCAAGCAACUCUUCACAGUUUGUGAAAAAGAUGCUUGCCUCUUUGCCUUUCAGCUGCCAGUCACAGAGUCCUUCUCCAUACUUUGACCAAUCUCUUUUUCGAUUUGAUGAUAAGCUGAUUUCUGCAACUGAUCGACACAGGCAAUCCAGUGACCAUCCAAUCAAAUUCAUUUUAAGGAGGUAUCCAUAUUCUCUCAAAUUUAAGAUCAAACCAGGUCCUGAAGCUGGUAGUAUGGAUGGUCGUGCAAAAAAGAUCUCUUCGUUUCUUUUUCAUCCAAUUUUGCCCCUUGCUCUCUCCGUUCAACAGACUUUGUUCUUGCAGCCUUCGGUUGUAAAUAUUCACUUUCGAAGAUGAGCGUAGAUUUACUUGUCUUCCUUUGUAAACUUUCUUCGCUGAAUCAAGAUCAAGAGGAUGUAUGUCAAUCAGAUUCUAAUGAUUUAUGUGAUAAUCGACGUUCUUUUAAGUUUUGGUGAAAUUUAAAUUUAUUGAUUUAUUUAAAAAAUUUAAACUAAUUACUGAAAAUUUUAUCGGUUAGAAGAUAUUGAAAAACUAUAUUUGCAGCAUAAUAUCUUUUGAAAUCGUUUCUCGUCAAUACAUUUUUUGUAUUAAUGUACCAGUAAUUUUUAGUAUUUUUCAAUAAACAAAUUCAUUGAAAUUUCCUCAGGUUAUUUUCUAUAAGGAAAUCUGGAAAUGUGUCGGUAAUUCAUGAUUAAGGACAUGGUUAGAUGUGGGGAUAAUUUGGCCUGGACUAAAAUGUGUAAUGAGGAGAGUUCGAGUUUGGAUGUUAUCCCAAAAAUGUUAGGAUAUGAACGUGAAUUUGAGUAUGUAUUGCACACUCGUACUUAUGCGUAUAUUAUUUGAU